AUGGUGGAAGAAAUCGAGCAGGAGAAGACUCGCCUGGAGGCCAUGGAAGUGGCGGAACCGGAGGAGCCACCACAACCACUCCCGGAGGGCCAAGAGAGGGAGCGCCUCCUUCGCUGGGCCCUCACGUUCCAGGCCCGCAUCCCUGAGUCGGACUGGAGGCGUGAGGAACGCCGGCGAAUGGAGGUGGUCCGCGCCAUCCGGGAGGAGAUGGAAACGGACCAGACGGACGGCAGGACAGCUGAGACUCUGUCCGAACAUGGGACCUUAAAAUCCCAUUGUUCGGACACCUCAAAGGGGUCCCAGCUGUCCCUAGAUGGGCAAGCGGAGAAGGAGCUGGAGGACUACCUGGGCAGGGGAACGGAGUCGGUGCCAGCUAGGAAGGGGGAGACCAUCAACCCCCAACCAACUGGACCACCGACUCCGCCCCCUUCACUCCGACGCCCAGGGACAGUAAAACCGUCCACCUCCACCAUCUCCGCCACCACCGCCCAGCCGUCCGUCAGCACCAGCCACCGACCAUCCACCACCGCAGCCGACCGACCAUCCACCAGCACCACCGACCAGCCAUCAACCCCCGCAGCCGACCAACCAUCCACCUCCAGAACCACCGACCGACCACCAAUAGCCACCGACCAGCCAUCAACCCCCGCAGCCACCAACCGACCAUCAACCUCCAUAGCCACGGACCGACCACACACCAGCCACCGACCAUCCACCACCGCAGCCACUGACCGGCCAUCAACCUCCACCACCAUCCAGCCGUCGGCCUCAAGGAGUCGAGGCCACCCAGGCUGGUUGCCUGUGACCUCGACCCCAAUUGGCCGGACCACCACCACCCGGCCAAUAGCGACAACCAGGAUGGAUCACGUCGACCGUCCAGAAGUCCAGGGCCUGCACUACCGGACGGCCAGCGGCAAGCGCCGCAAGUACAACCCGCGGCUCCACCUGCAGCUGGACGAUCUGACAGCGCAACGUGCUACUGAAUCGAGACAGCAUGCUAAAGGAUAUAACCUGAUAGUUACCGCAGUACUUCCAAUGGAUAUUUGA